GCGGCUUUCCGGACCACUGGUAUUUUCCCAUUCAACUCCGAUAAAGUAUUAACCAAACUCAAAUCGAACCAAAAACCCGGUCCUGCAACUCCCUGGAAGUCCAAUCUCCAAAUUCUACAUCACCCAUGCCUUCAAACACCAAAGAACAGACGUGACCUGCGCCAUCAAACUCAAUUUGCUUUAAAUCCCGGAAUCUAUUCUAAAACGGAGCAAUCUGGAUCAGUUCAAGUAUCAAAUAUCAACCAAGGGCCAGUACCGGGGCUCACUCAAAAUGAAUAUAAAGCAAUUAUCCUUCGAAUGUCACAUUUAGCAGAAGAGUCCCUCACUCAAGCGGAAAUUGCCAAAAUUCAACUCCGGGACAUUAGGGUCAAAUAUGAGGGGAAAAGGUCAGUAAGAACCGACAGAAGAGUGAUCUCUAAAGCGCAGGUGAUUACAGGGGCGGAUAUAAUGAGACUGAAGGCACUGUUAGAAAAGAAAGAGGCGGACAAGUUGAAGAAGGGAAAGCGCACAUCAAAAACAAAGACCGGAAAAACCAAAAGUGAAGGUCAGUAUCUUGUACCCUAA